CUUUGCUUCCGGUUCCGGUCUGGGCUCUGGAAGGAAGGGAGGGAGAGAUGCUACCCACGGCAAGGGGGCGGGCCUGGGCAGCAUUCCUGCGACUCACAAUCGCUGUCCGCACCAUGGCUGCAGCGUCCACAGUCUCGCUCCCUGAACUCCGUUCACUCCUAACAUCAGGUCGGGCCCGGCUCUUCGAUGUGAGAUCUCGGGAGGAAGCUGCAGCAGGGACCAUCCCAGGGGCAGUCAACAUCCCGGUGUCCGAGUUGGAAAGUGCCCUGCAGAUGGAGCCAGCUGCAUUCCAAGCAUUGUACCGUGCUGAGAAGCCAAAGCAAGAAGAUGAGAAUCUUGUUUUCUUCUGUCAAAUGGGCAAACGGGGCUUCCAGGCCACACAGCUGGCCCGGCGCCUUGGAUACACAGGGGCUCGAAACUAUGCUGGGGCUUAUAAGGAAUGGUUCGAGAAAGAGGGUUAGGCAGAACCCUUAUUAUCUCUCCUUCCACCUUAACAAAGGAUGAUGAAGGAGCUGAUUUGCUGGGCUAGGCAACUCCUUACAGUGCUUUGCACACAAAACAUCAAUAAAGAGCAUUUAAUCAA